GAGCCGCUGCCAGUAAUAGUGUGGGGUACAUAACGCUACAUAACCAUCCAGCUCAAUCGCGAGAAAGGCAAAUCGUCUUUUUCAAUCACAUCUUCCAUGACAAAUCGUCACACAAGCGUUUGUAUGGCAAUAUCGAGAAACGAAUGCUGAGUCAAACUCCUGUCUUGCUCAUCGUUGGUAUUGGACCGAAUAUUGGGCAGAGGGUCGCGGAAGCCUUUGCUGCCAAGGGAUACAGAAUUGCUCGCUCUCCCAUCCAGAAGUGCACCCCAAGGAGUGUCGUGGUUUAUAAUUCCAAGUGGCCGGAAUUUUGCCCCCAAGUGGUGGCUUCUAGCUUACGGCGUGCAAAAUGCUAUAAGAGUCCACAUGCAUUAUUGAUAGUCUGUCGAUACUAAACCACGUUUCCUUUAUCGCCUUCUGUACAUAAUCGUCCAUUGCUUUAUUUUUGUCUUCUUAGGUACCCUCGUACUCAGUCAAGAUCCGGAAACACAGAACAAGAGCCAGCGCCGUACGUGGCACACGGGCAAGCUGCUGUUGGUGGUGUGAAAAAAAGACAUUGUGGAAUGCAAGCGACUCUGACACACCCAGGCGAUGUAUUGAUGUGUGAAGAGCUCGGGAUUUUACUAGAGCGGGAUGAAGUGCAUUUG